GAACAGGUUUUUGAGCUUUGAACUCAGAAGCAGCUUGCCUUUCAUAGUUUGACAACAACAUGUAUGGUUAUUUUUAUCAGACUUUCCAGUUAUUUAGCAACAAUAACAAUAUAUAAAACACAGAACUUGGUUUGUGUGUCUGUGCUCUCUGAAGUGCAGGGGACAGCAGCACACGAGAAACUCUACAGCACAGUCUGUGUAAGCUGCGCACGACAGAAAGGCAUUGCUGCAGAGCUGUCAUCAUUUAACUGACAUGGGACAUUUUCUUCUUCUAGCUACUCUCUCAGGUUGCUGCAGUCUGGUGGUACAUUCAGCAAUAAACAAGCCUGUAUCCGGCUGUGUAGGAGGAUCUCUCAGCAUCCAAUGCCACUAUCAUCUAUACUACAGGGACUAUGUGAAAUAUUUGUGUAAAGGAAGUAAUUGGUUCACCUGUAAACCAGUAAAAAGCACUGCUGAUCCCAAAAGAGAAGGAGAUAAAGUGUCAGUCAUUGAUGAUCGAACCCAGGGAGUAUUCACUGUGACUGUGAGGAAACUGGAGAAGAAGGAUGCAGACUGGUACUGGUGUGCUGUAGAAAAAGCAUUUGAUGAUUUAAAAAUAGAUUUCUACCUCACAGUUUCUAAAAAAACCACUUUGAAUCAUGAAGUUACCACAUCACCUCUCAAUCGUACAACAACACAGAAUACGACAAGACCGAUGUUUCCCAGCAAUCGCCGCUCACAUGUUCUACCCCUGGUGACAGGGGGGCUUCUUGUCUUGUUGGGAUCUGUAUUGAUUUCCAUAAGGAAGAUGAAGGCCAGAGCUGAAGCGAACUGCAGGAUGCUUCAAAAUGGAAAUAUUGACCACACGAUGGGUUGUCUUGCUCCACCCAGAGGAGAUCUCCAGGAAGAUGUAUACAUGGACAUGUCAUUUCAGAAGAAAGAAAAUAAGAAGAUCAUGCCACUGCAACAAGGCAAUUCUCCCUGCAAUCCAGAAGAUAAUCAUGAUGUAUACACAGCAAUGUCAUUUGAAAAGAAGGAACCAUCCAAAGGAAAGACCAGUGUUGUCCAUUUGUGAUCGACGAAUACAGUCCCUAACCUUUUUCCACAAGCCUGGCUGAUCUAUCAAGUUUAGUGGAUGCAAUGAAUUGUAUAAAUACCUAUAGAUUACUGAACCACCCUUUCUUUACAUUUCAAAUACAUUUAGGCUAAUGCAGUUGUGGAUGCCUAGCAUUAGAAUUACAAUGUGAGGAGGGUUUUCGUUUACACUAGCAGCCAGAAUGUAGGACUGCAUGGCUACAAUUACAUCCAUAGCAGUAUCACUGGUCGCUGUCCAGUUCUGAUCAUGCCUCCUCGCUCUACUAUCACUGGUCACUGUCCAGUGCUGAUCAUGCCUCCUCGCUCUGCUAUCACUGGUCGCUGUCCAGUGCUGAUCAUGCUGCCUCGCUCUGCUAUCACUGGUCACUGUCCAGUGCUGAUCAUGCCGCCUCGCUCUGCUAUCACUGGUCACUGUCCAGUGCUGAUCAUGCUGCCUCGCUCUGCUAUCACUGGUCACUGCCCAGUGCUGAUCAUGCUGCCUCGCUCUGCUAUCACUGGUCACUGUCCAGUGCUGAUCAUGCUGCCUCGCUCUGCUAUCACUGGUCACUGUCCAGAGUGUCGAUCAUGCUGCCUCGCUCUGCUAUCACUGGUCACUGUCUGGAGUGCUGCACAAUGUAAACCUAUCUCAGUUUUAAAAAUGCUGUGUAACAGAAAUAAAAUG